AAACACACACAAAAAAACAUGAAAGCUCUCUGAGUCUCCAACCCAAAUCGCUCAGUCGCGCAUAUAUAGUGCACUAGGUUGUAGAAGGCACUAUUUCAUAAGCUGAUGAAGUGCACGUAGCCUAUAUAGAUAGAAAGCAUGCAGCCAUUUGGGACUGAGCCGUAACCCGGAGUUAAGUAGAAGCGCGUCGGCGCUGAUAAGCUCGCGCUAUCGAACGUGCGGAAGUGGGUGAGCGGGCGCGAGCGCGAGCGCGUGCGCGCGGGUGGGGCCGGACAGACGGUAACGUGACCAAGACGCGCACGCAUUCCGUUAAAUGAAGCGUUAUACAUGACCCUGCAAGAACCCGUUGUCGUUUUGGAACUCACAGACGCGCGUUUUUCUGUGUGAAUAUCCGGGCUGUCGGUAACAGCGUACUAACAGGGAUGUUGAAGCUACGGAGGAAAUAAUAAAUCAUAAUAAUAUAUUUUAAUUCUGGGGCUGAGCGGGUGAAGCACAGCGAGCGGAACUGGCUUCCAUUAUCACUACAGGCAACGAUAACGAUCUCGACACUGGGGCGAUGUGAAACGCCGAUAUUGCUCGUUCGUUCCGCGCACAGAGGAAUAAGAAUGAACACCGGGCAUGAUAUGUCUCCUGAUUUUGUGUUGAUGCGCCUGGUCUCUGCGGCCGAGGAGGACCGCUUGGACGAUGAGAACAGCAGUCUGUCGUCGGGCACUGGACUGGUGGCUGGAUUCGGGCAGGACGUCUUGAGCCACGGAAACGUUAAGGGUAAACUGGACUGCGCGCAGAAUCACCUCUCAGCGGGGAACAAAGCUCCGCAGUCUGGCGGAAGUCAGGCACCUGACGCCGGCGGCAUGCCGCGCAGAGCCGCUCUGCCUGUCCCCCCUCCUCCGCUUCACUCCGCGGAGGCCCGAGCGUACGAUCUCGGCCACAGAGGCGGAAUCGGGCCUCAGCUGUUGGUGUUCCGAAACGUCUCGAGAGACCCUGAUGGAUUAUCUGAAAACAGUGCGGAUGCUAGGCAUGCUUCGAGGGCUUUCGACGAGCAGGCGACACACACUUCCGAGUCGAGCGCCUGCACAAAUAACAAUACGCUCAGCGCUGUAGAUGCUCAGCAUCAGUACCAUCCUCCAUGGGCGCUGCAUCCUCAGCUGAAGCUGAACACAGCGGAUACAGACAGAGCCGAACUGUGCCACCGGCAUCGCAUAAUCACGGAGAAACGCGACUGGACGCAGAUUGUUGAUAAAUCCGACCCGACUGAAGUGUCGGACCCUAAUUGGAGCAUGAGAGCGCGGGGAGAGCUCCGGCUCUCUGACAGGCCUGCUCUGGAGCUCGCAAGACAGUUUGGGGAGCUGGGAGUCGCCCCGGUGCCCGACUUUUUGCUCAAGGACGGGGAUCUACAACACUGCUCGUGCUCCACGACGACCGGAAUCAGACAAGGCGAAGAUCCAACCGAGACCAGCGACGCUCUGCUUGUACUGGAGGGCCUCGGCUCGGAGGAGGUCAGCGGCCUGGGCAUGAAGAACAAUCCCGAGUCCCAAGACGGUGCACAGGUGAAGACCCAGCUCGCGCUCAAAUGCUUCCCUUCAGUACUCUCGGGCCAGGCGGUCGGGGUUACCGGUGGUCUCUGCUUACCGGCAUGUCGCGACUCGCAGCUCUGCUGUUUGUUCCGAGGCUCUCUAACCAUAAAGGCUCAAGGCAACACACCUGACAGAGACUCAUCACAGUUCCCGACAUCCCCAUCAUCAGUAGAGUCCGCCGUGCAAGUGCGUCCUGACAGCGCCAGCUCCAGCCUCGUCUCGAGCCCCAGCGUGCAGGCGGAGAGAAGCGCGGGUGCGACCCGGGCCGCAUGUGGGAGCGAGAAGGCGCUGAAAGUGCCAGGGAAGACCAGAAAGGGCUCUCUUAAAAAUCGUCUGAGCAAACUUUUCAGAACUAAAAGCUGUAGCGGCUCUAAUAGUCUUCUGGAUAAGAGACCGUCGGUGACGUUCUCCAUCUCUUCAGCCGGCAGUUUGGUGGACAUGUCAGGCGCGAGCGCCGUGGAGCACGACGCGGCCAGCCAACCUGGAUUAACAAGGGCCCAAAGUGCCUCCUCUGGUACAGCUUUCACUCCUGUCUUCACUGGAGAGACAGUGUCGCUGGUGGAUGUGGACAUCUCACAGAGAGGGAGAAACUCUCCUCAUCCCCCAACUCCUCCUCCACCUCCACGCAGAAGUCUCAGCUUGCUAGACGAUAUAGGUGGGCCACAACCAGGGCCUUUCCUAGUGAAUGUCAUGGGGGCGUCCCUGCAGUCUCUACCCCUGCCUCUUCCUCCUCCUCCCCCCCUCCAUGCCACCAUCCAGCAUAGCCUCAGCCUCAAUGACGCUUUCUUCCGAGCGCUCCCUCAUUCUGCACCAUCACCAAUCGAGACUCCGCCUCCGAUGAGAGUAGCUCCACCUUCCAAUGUGUGUCCUCUGAGAGGAGUCGAUUCCAGCAGCUUCACAGCCAGCCUUAGAGAAUUGGAGAGGUGUGGCUGGUACUGGGGACCGAUGAACUGGGAGGACGCGGAGUUGAAACUGAAAGGGAAGCCGGACGGUUCAUUUCUGGUGCGAGACAGUUCAGACCCCCGAUAUAUACUCAGCCUCAGUUUCCGCUCGCAAGGAGUUACACACCACACACGCAUGGAGCAUUACAGAGGGACCUUCAGCUUAUGGUGCCAUCCCAAGUUUGAGGACCGCUGCCAUUCUGUGGUGGAGUUUAUAGAGCGUGCCAUCAUGCAUUCUAAAAAUGGGAAAUUCCUUUACUUCCUGCGGUCACGUGUACCUGGACUCCCACCAACCCCAGUGCAGCUGCUUUAUCCGGUCUCACGCUUCUGUAACGUCAAAUCCCUGCAGCACCUUUGCCGCUUCUGUAUCCGACAGCUUGUCCGCAUAGACCACAUUCAGGAGCUCCCUCUCCCAAAACCCCUCAUUUCCUAUCUGAAAAAGUUCUACUACUAUGACCCAGAGGAAGAGAUGUAUCUGUCAAUCAAAGGCAUGCGACAGAUGGCAAGUGUGGAGCAAGAGCCAGAGUCUGAGACGUAGCCGGAGAGCCAUAUUUGCUGUUUUUUCUCUGUAUGGAUAGCAGAUGGGAUAGUGCAUAGAUGCUCCUGUUGCACAGCUCUGCCCCAAAUUCCCCAUCAGUCUUCCAGCA